GGGCUCAACCUCAGCUUGGGGAGGUGCCCACUGUUCUCCCUGGGGGCUCAUGAUGUGCUUGCACAGCUGGCCACAGCUCCCAGCUGCCUGGGAAGGGAUCUGCUCUCCCCACCUGCCCCUGCUGGCUACGGGACUCCACCAUGGACAUGGCUCAAAGGGUUUAACCCUGAGCCCUGGGAACAUCCAGGUGGGUCCAGACCAGGACUUUAUGGCCAUAUGGGAAAACAGCUCUAGUCCCAAUAGAUCUGAAAGAAGUCUAAGCACGGGAUGACCUCUCACCCCAGGAACUGGUGCCCAUCCCAGCAUGUCCAGCCUCACUGCUACCCCAGCUGUGUGCCCACAACCAGCCUCUUGUGCCCUCCAUCACAGCCCUGUGGUUCUCUCCUGCUCCAGCUCCACAGCUGCAGUCAGAACUAACACAACCCAUGACAGCAAAAGCCCAAGCCCCCCAGGUGUCUUUUGACAGUACCUUCCCACGUCCCUGUUUGUGUGUGUGCCAGGCUUGGCCCGUCACUGCUGCCAUACAUUUGUCACAAGGCCACAGGGGGACCUUAACCUGGCCAGCUAUGAGCCACGUAGCUCCCUGGCUGCUAUAAAGCUCGUGGUCCCCAGGGGUUCAGAUUAUCUCCUUUCAGCAUGGCAUUCCUGUGGGUAGUUGCCAGCCUGGCCCUUGCCAGCGCCGUCUCAGGCUGCGGGGUGCCCGCCAUCAGUCCCUCGAUCGCCUACAGCGAGAGGAUUGUCAAUGGGCAGAACGCUGUGCCCGGCUCCUGGCCCUGGCAGGUGUCCCUGCAGACCACCUCAGGAUCCCACUUCUGCGGCGGCUCCUUGAUCAACGAGAACUGGGUUGUCACAGCUGCCCACUGCAAUUUCAACCCACGCAGCCACGUUGUUGUCCUCGGGGAGUACAACCUUGCUUCCAGCGCCGAGGCCGUUCAAGUGAAGACCGUGUCCAGGGCCAUCACCAACCCCGGCUGGAACUCCAAAACCAUGAACAACGACAUCACCCUGCUGAGGCUGUCCACGCCUGCCAAGCUGGGAUCCCGUGUGUCCACCAUCUGCCUGGCCCCUGCCAACCUGGUUCUGCCCUCCAACGCCCGGGCUGUCACCACCGGCUGGGGACGCACCAACCCCAACUCCCAAGCCUUGGCAACAGCCCUGCAGCAGGUGACCUUGCCCCUGAUCCCCCAGAACAAGUGCAUGCAGUACUGGGGCAAUCGCAUCACCAACGCCAUGCUCUGUGCCGGUGGGGCUGGUGCCACCUCCUGCCAGGGUGACUCUGGUGGACCUCUGGUGUACCAGACUGGGAAUGGCUGGACCUUGAUUGGCAUUGUCUCCUGGGGAAGCUCGGACUGCAACAUCAACACGCCGGCCAUCUACACUCGUGUCAGCCAGUUCCGUAACUGGAUCGACACCACCGUUGCUCAGGGCUAAAGCUGCUGCCAGCCUGAUCCCUGCACUGGGACUAAUAAAGUAUCCGUUUUUCUCGUGCCAA